AUGUCUCUCCCAACCUCAUCGAUCAGCCUCCCUUUCACCCCCUUCCCUAUAUCUACUCCUACCCCGACGAGCCAAUCCUCUUCAUCUUCCUCCAGUUCCAGCCCUUCAAGCUCCUUAUCUUCUUCUACUCCUCAGUCCUCGUCGUCCUCAUCGUCAUCCUCUUCUCCACCCCCUUCCAGCUCAUCAUCUGCUCAAUCAUCGUCCUCAUCCGCAUCCGCGUCCUCAUCCUCGUUGUCCAGCAGCUCUGCCAGCACUUCUUCGUCUAGCCCUACCUCUAACUCUUCUUCCUCAAGUUUAUCUUCGACGGGCUCGACAUCGGUGCCGACUAGCUCCCUGACCAGUUUAAGCAGCACCUCGUCCACUCCGUCCUACAGCACCUCCCUGAGGUUGAGCACUUCAGGAGGUGUCGUCGUAACUUUGACCAGCACCGUUGGCGGCCCUGCGGCUACCGAUGUCGCUAACAACGCCGUCGCCAGCAAGGGGUUCUUCCAUAACAAAGGAGCCGUCGCUGGGGUGUUCACCGUUGUCGGCCUGGUCGUAGCUGCGAUCGUAGUCGCCCUCGUCACUACCGCGAUCCGCCGCCAGCGCGCCAAGAAGUUCGACCACGAUGUCGCUCUCGCCGCCGCAGAAGCCGCCGCCGGUGCACACGUCCCAGACUUCACGGACGACGACUACGGCUACCCUGAGGACCGCCGGGACUUUGGUGCCCAGAGUGGCUACUCGGACGCCAGCCACGGCACGUACGCGCAGCAGCCCAUGGGACACGGUGAGAACUACAGCAUGAGCGAGCUCCCGCCGUUCGACCCGUACGCCGGUCCCCUGGUCGCCGCGGGUGCUGCUGGCGUCGGCGCUGCUGCGGCUGCCAGUGUGCACUCUGCAGGCGCUGCUGGCGUCGGCGCUGCGGGCGUCAAUCGUGUACGCAGCAUGGGGCAGAAGCAGACGACGCCGUACAACGCGUUCGCCGCGCCUCCGCCGGUAGCUAUGCAGGCUCCGAAUACGUUCGCGGACACGCAAGGCCCGUACGGCCCGACCGGCAGUGGUUACGGUCUUCUCGAGGCCGCUGGCCUUGCUGGGGCGCCCGGGACAGAAGAACUCGUCCGCGGCCUGUCGCAGACGAAUGCGAACCUCGCGCGGAAUCGCAGCAUGGGCGCUGCGAUGCUCGGCGGAACAGCGUUGGCCGGGACGGGUGCGAGCUCGUCUGACCACGGCGCCUACCCCGCGAACUAUACGUCUAUGCCUGGAAAUCAAUACGGGUAUUCUGCUCAGUCGAAUCUUCAGCAGCCCCAGUCUGAUGCGCACCUGGUCGCCAUGGAGGAUCCGUACGAGGGGUAUACCGCACAGUCGCCGCUGCCUAACCCGUUCGGGGGUUCGACGUCUCCGGAGCAGCGUCCCCUUUCUGGUAAUUCGACAACGCCUGAUACCUCGGCCGAGAGCGGUGAGCGCGAUGUGCCAGGUAUUCCGUGGCAUCAGGAAGACGCGAACCGCAUGAGCAUCCGCGACGAGGAAGACUACGGGUACAAUGGUGGUAGACGGGUGCUGAAGGUCGCCAAUGAGUAA